AUGGAAGGCAUCACAACUCUCAGCGAAGUCACUCGCAGAUUUCGUAUGCUGCAGCUGACAAACAACAAAGCAAGAAAACAGAGGCUGCAGCUAACAGAGAAGCGGUUUGCUGCCUUAGGAGCAGCAGGAGCAACAAAUGGGCACCAAGACCAAUCAGCUGCAGCAGCACAGGAGUGCUUAACUCCUCACCUUGCCAAGCAGCAGAAAACACUCUUCUUUACCACACUAAAGAAACAACGAGCCAAAGCUGCUAUUGCUGCUGCACAGAAGUCGCAAGUAACAACAACAAACCCUGCGUCACUGCCAGCAUCUGCUGCUGCUGCUCGGCAGCAGCAGCGGCAGCAACCAGGAGACAGGACGCCAGGGCUUUACUUUCCAGUAAUUGUCGUUCAGGCCACAGCUCCAUCCGUCUCUAAGGAAACACAAAACACUGCACAGCAGCAACAAAAACAGCAGCAGCAGCAACACUACCACCAGCGCUGCCGAAAUCCAAGCAGCAGCAGCAAAACUCCACAGGCAGAAGCGGCAGAGAUCGAACUGCUGCUCCAGCAACUUCCGUGGGCGCAGCCGCAGCAGCAGCAUGCUGCAGCAGGGGACACUGUAGAUGCGUCAGGAGCGCUACAAAGGAAACACAGCUCGACAAACCUCAAUGAGGAGCUGUCUCAACCAUCUGCAGCAGCUACAGGAGGAGACAACGUAGACGGGGGUGAAACAGCAGCUGCAGCAGAGACAAUGGAGGAUGAAGCAGCAGGCGGUAGAGCUGCAGCUUCGAAGGAAUCGGACCCCAGGGAGCGUUUGCCUCUGUCUUUGCUGCUGCUGCUGCAGCAGCACCACCAGCAAGCAACAGUAACAGCAACCGACCACGACAAGGAAUUACUAGAACGCGAGAGACCCUUAUGGCUGCAGCGGCAGUUAGCAGCACUGAAGAACGCAGGCGUUAGCUCUACUGCAGCGCCAGAAGCAGAAAAUGAGGAAGGCACUGCUGCUGCGCUGCCCCGUAGCAGUCCAGCAGCAGAAACAAAGGCAGCAGCUGAAAGCCCUCCAGCGGAGAGUAGCCGCACGCAGCUGCAGCAGCGUCCCCCCAAAACUCAUGUGUCAGAUGGACGCAGGAAGCAACAGCAGCAGCAGCAACAGCCAAUACGGUCGAAGGCAGAUUCCUGGUUCGUUUGUACCCAGCAGCAGCAGCAACAUGGGGUCUCCAUUCGGCCUGGCCAUGUUGCUGCUGCUGUUGCAGCUGCAGCCACAGGUCCAGCACGCACCUCGGUGGAGCGGCUGCUGCUGCUGUUUAAGCGCGAGUUGCCUCUGCUGCUGCAGAAAGGUGCAGGAAGCCAGCCCCGCGCUUCUGGUGCUGAAGCGCAGGCAGACUGUAGCAGCCAACGAACUGUGCAGGCUGCAGAAGCAGCAUGGAAGACUUAG